CGCUCACUUUUCCAUUUUCUCGGACAUGACAACGUACCGUCCAGUGCAAACGCCAACAAACGCGGCCAAGCUGCGCCGUGAUGUCAACCCGCGCGAGACCGCGAGCUGGGCCUCGGUGCUCACGAUCGCAUGGAUGGACUGCCUCAUCAAGCGGGGUGCGACGGCGCCGCUCACCGAGGCCGACACGUGGCCGCUACCUGCUCGCGACGAGGCGCACGUCCUCUACGACCGCUUUGAGAAGCAUUGGGCCACCGAGAAGACGCAAUCCAUCCCGCGCAUCCACGUGGCUUUGUUUCGCACCUUCCGCGCCCAGAUCCUCGGGGGCCUGUUCCUCUAUUUGGCGUACGCGGGUAUUAUGCUCCUGCAGCCCAUCUUGAUCCAGUCCAUCUUGCAGUACCUCGCUGAAGACCCGGUCGUCCACACGUCCAUGCACAUCAACAACGGCUACAUGUACUUUGGUGCGAGCGGGUUCAACGGCUACGUGGUCGGCUUCUCGAUCCUCGCCUUCUUCACGCUCGCGCAGACGUCGCUUGCGCUCACGGAUUGGUUGAUGAGCUACUGGGCCAACACGUCGUGGAUGAACACCAGUGUUCGCUACGGCUGGCCCAUCUUGAUCCAGUCCAUCUUGCAGUACCUCGCUGAAGACCCGGUCGUCCACACGUCCAUGCACAUCAACAACGGCUACGUGCUCGCGACGCUCCUCACGCUCCUCUCGUUUCUCUCGGUGACGCUCAUUGACUAUGCGCAGUACGCCAACACGCACACGGGCUGCAACGCCAAGUCCAUUGCGAUCGACAUGGUCUUCCGCAAGACGCUUCAGCUCUCGGGAUUCGCCAAACAAGAAAUGACCACCGGCGAGGUCGUCACGCUUGCGUCCGUCGACGCCGAGCGUCUCUUUAUGGGCUUUAGUUUUGGCUACUGGGCUGUCAUCGGCCCCGUCAUGCUCGUCGCUGUCUACAUUAUGAUUGGCCACCAGCUCGGCGCGGUCGUCGGUGUCUGCGGCGGCGCCGUGAUGCUUCUCUUCCUCUACGUUGGUUUUGUCUCGGGACGCAAGGUCGGCGAGGUCCGCCGCGAUAUCCUCAAGGUCCAAGCCGAGCGCGUCAAACUCACCAACGAAGUGCUCCAGGGCAUCCGCGUCGUCAAGCUCUACGCGUGGGAGGCGAGCUUGGAGGCGCAGUUGGCGGCGAUCCGCGACCGAGAGCUCGUGCUGCUCAAGGCGUACCAGACACGGCGGGUGUUCAACACGGUCGUGUUGUACAUUGCGCCCGUCAUCUCGCUCGCAAUCUGCCUCAUGGUCUACGUCGCUCUUGGCAAUGAGCUCACGUCGCCUGUCGCGUUCACGGCGCUUGCCUACAUGAACAUUGCGCGGUUCCCGUGCACGGUCUUUUCCACCGCCGUCAUGAUGACAUCCGAGAUGGUCGCGUCGUGCCAGCGCAUCAGCAAGUACUUGUCGUCCGACGAGGUCGCGACCUCGAGUCUCGCGAUUCAACAAGGCCCGUCGACAGUCGAGAUGACAGACGCUGCGUUCAGCUGGGCCGCGCCAGCGACGGUCUCGGAGGCGCCGCCGCUCACGCUGCAGAACCUGACGUUUUCGCUGACGCCCGGGAGCCUCACGAUCGUGGUCGGCCCCGUCGGCAGUGGCAAGUCGAGUCUCGUGAGCGCGAUCCUCGGCGAGAUCCACCAAGUCGGUGGUGUCCGCCACGUUGUCGGCAACAUCUCGUACGUCAACCAAGAAGCCUGGAUCCAGCACGCGACGCUCAAGAAGAACAUUCUCUUCCACUCCGUCUGCGACGACGACUACUACAACGCGGUGCUUUCUGCAUGCCAGCUCGAGCCGGACCUUGCGAUGCUACCGGACGGUGACGCGACCGAGAUUGGCGAGCGCGGUAUCAACUUGAGCGGCGGCCAAAAGGCGCGCGUGAGCCUUGCCCGCGGCGUGUACCACCGCAAGGCCGACAUCUACCUCCUCGACGACCCGCUCAGCGCCCUCGACGUGCACGUGGCAACUGCGGUCUUUCACGAGUGCAUUCGCGGCCUCCUUGGGGGCAAGACGACGGUUCUGGUGCUCAACAGCCAUUACCAUUUUCUGCCGCUCGCCGAUCGUGUGCUGCUCAUGGACAACGGGUCGAUCGUCGGCGACGGCACGUACGAGUCGCUCAAGUCGACGUUCCCGCAUCUGAUGAACUUCACCGAAUCGGGCUCGUCCACGGAAGACGCAGAUGCCGACAAGGUCGAUAGCACGGAUGACGCCAAGAAGACUGCCAAGCCGAUUAGCCCGAAAAAGGGCGGCGGGCUCAUGGACAAGGAAGAUCGCGCCAAGGGUGCCGUCUCGGCCAAGACGUACAAGACAUAUUUUGGCUCGAGUGGCUACAACGGGGCGGUCGUUGCAGCGUCCAUCAUCACGUUCUUUACGGUCUCGCAGACGGCGCUGGCCAUGACCGACUGGUUCAUGAGCUAUUGGUCCAACCACACCACCAUGAUGACCAAACUCUCGUCCGGGUACAUCUACCUCGGGUGCGCGGUUGUCUCGGUCUUCCUCGUCUACGGUCGAUCUCUGUACGUGCUCAUGGUUGCAAUCAAGUGCUCGCAGUCGCUCCAUGCGAUGCUGCUGCACAAGGUCAUUGGCGCGCCCGUCCCGACCUUCUUUGACGUGACGCCCAUGGGUCGUAUCCUCAACCGGUUCUCGAGCGACUUGGACCAAACCGACUCGCAGCUGCCGUACUUUGGUCUGUUGCUUCUGCAGUUUCUCUUCCAGAUCGUGGCGGUCCUCAUCGUGUGCGUCAUCUCGACGCCGUGGAUUCUCGUGGUCUACGCGCCGCUCGCCUUCCUCUUUUACAAGGUGCAGCAGUACUACAACAAGACGUCGGGCGAGCUCAAGCGGCUCGAGAGCAUCAGCCGCACACCGGUCGUGACCUUGGUCUCAGAGACGCUCAGCGGUCUCUCGACCAUCCGCGCGUUCAACAUGACCGAGAGCUUCCUAACGAAGCAGCGAGCAGCGAUUGACCACUACGUAAGCUUCUCGUUCUUGUUUCAGUGCUCGGCCCGCUGGUUCCAGAUGCGUCUCGACUGGCUCAGCUCGGGUAUCAUCGCCGGCGUCGCCUUCAUCUGCAUUUUGACCAAAGCCUCGAUCGGUAUUGCUGCCGCCGGGCUCACGCUUACGUAUGCGUCGCAGCUCUCGGGCUUCUUGUCCAACAUGUCCAAGAUGAUGAACACCGUCGAGAAUCUCAUGACGUCGGUCGAGCGCCUCAGCGCCUACGAGGCCUUGCCUAGUGAAGAUGAUACGACCGUGGAUCACGCCACUGUCGACGCGUCGUGGCCGGCGCAGGGUGUCAUCACCUUUGGCGACUACUCGAUGCGGUACCGCGAACACCUCGACCUCGUCCUCAACCAAGUGUCGUUCUCGGUGCCGUCGGGCGCCAAGGUCGGCAUCUGCGGUCGCACCGGCUCCGGUAAGAGCUCGCUCAUGGCCGCGCUCUUUCGCAUGGUGCCGAGCGCCACCGGGUCGAUUGUCAUCGAUGACGUCAACAUCGCCAACGUGUCGGUGACGACGCUCCGGUCGCGGCUCACGAUCAUCCCGCAAGACCCAGUGCUCUUCUCUGGCUCGUUGCGCUUCAACUUGGAUCCGUCGGGUUCGGCAUCCGACGACGAGCUCUGGACGGUCCUCAAGCAAGUGCACUUGGGUGACGGCAUUGCGUCGCUGGACGACGAGGUGGCCGAGCGCGGCAGCAACUUUUCCGUGGGCCAGCGCCAGCUGCUCUGCAUUGCGCGCGCUUUGCUCCGGAAGAGCAAGGUGGUCGUCCUCGAUGAAGCGACGGCCAACAUCGACCUCGAGUCGGACAAGCGCAUCCAGGCGACCAUCAAGGAGUGCUUUGUCGGUAUCACGAUGCUCAUCAUCGCCCAUCGGCUCGAUACGAUCAUCGACUCGGACCUGAUUCUGGUGCUCGAUGCGGGUCGUGUGGUCGAGUACGACACGCCGACGGCGCUGCUGGCGAUUCCGGACGGGUCGUUUGCCAAGCUCGCCGAGCAGGCGCACCUCCAGAUGUAAAAAGACUCGUAACUCAGCUGAAUUAAAGUCUCAAUAUUGUUUCGAUC